AUGAGGACUUUAAAAGCAGCAGAAGUUAAGAAGUUGUACAAAAAACGAGCGUUAAUUUUAAAAAGAUUAGAAAGCUUCGUAGAAUUUAUAGAACCAUUAGAAUCGAUUAAUGAUUUAACUGAACAGAAGAUUUCUGAACUAGAAAUCAAUGUUCAAGAUAUUGAAGAUAGUAGAAAAGAGUUUAACUCUGUUCAGGAAUCGAUAGAAUUAAAUUGUGCUGACGAUUUAAUCGAUGAUGAGUUUGAAAAAAGAAAGAAUUUUGAUGAUAAAUACCGGAGAUAUAUGUCAAUUGCUAAAUGUAUCUCAAAAAAGUGGUAUUUUAGUCAGGAGUCAGGUGAUUUUAGUUCUACGGCCAGGGUGGAACAAAGGGAAACAGUACAAGGUGCUUGUGGAUUGGAAGGGAUUCGAUUACCUCCAAUAAGACUCCCUUCAUUCAAUUCAGACUAUUUAAGAUGGUUAGAGUAUAAAAAUACUUAUGAGGCUUUAAUUCAUAAUAACAAAACUCUUUCAGACAUUCAAAAAUACCAUUACCUAAAGUCAAGUUUAACGGAUGAAGCUAUAAGUAUUAUUCAGGAUUUAGAUUUUUCUCCACAGAAUUAUAUGUAUGCAUGGGAAACUUUGUGUAACAGAUACAAUAAUAAACGAAUGUUAGUGGAUAAUCAUAUUAAAGCUCUGUUUAAUAUUCAAAAUUUAGCAAAGGAAUCGGCAAGUGGUAUACGAACUUUAAUUGAUACGGUAAAGAAACAUUUAUAUGCACUUAAAAGUCUUGAAUUGCCUACAGAACAUUGGGAUGCAAUAAUUAUUCAUAUAAUUUCAUUAAAAUUGGACAAAGUUACUUCUCGUGAAUGGGAAUUGAUUAAGGGUGAUAAUAACAUGCCCCAAUUAGAUGAACUCUUUGAAUUUCUGAAAAAACGUGCUGAUUUUUUGGAGACAUUAGAUUUAAAUCAACAAGUUAGUCAAAAUAAGUCUGAUAAUAGAAAUAAAAACUUAUCACGUUCAUUGGUGGUAAAUAAUGCAGGAAAGAGUUGUAAUUUUUGUAAACAGGAUCACAUGAUAUACAAUUGUGAAAAGUUUCUCAAAUUAUCCAUAAAUGAUAGGUGGGCUCAGAUUAAAAAAUUAAAAUUAUGCAGUAACUGUUUAUGCAUAGGCCAUUUUAAUUCAAAAUGUCAAAGAUUUGGUUGUAAAAUUUGUAAACGUAAACAUAGUUCCCUAUUGCAUGAAAACAAGCAUGCGGAUUCAAGUUCGAUUGAAAAUAUAGAUUUACAGCAAAAAGGUGUAGCAGACGGUGUAAGUAAUGUUAGCUCGUUAUUCUCAAAUCAGCUGACUGAUAUUGAAAGUAAUUUAAAACAAUCUAGUAAUGAGAUUUUAGCUUUGCAAAAUAAAAGGGAAAUUGAAUCUGCUAGGAGUUUAGUCUUGUUGAGUACGGCUAAUAUUAAGGUUGUUGACCAUUUGGGUAACUGUCAUAUAGCUAGAGCAAUUUUGGACUCUGGGAGCCAAUCUUGUUUCAUUAGCGAAGAAUUUUGCAAAAAAUUAAAUUUAAAAACAGAAAACACUAGGAUUUGUGUGACAGGCAUUAACAAUUCUUCAACCUCCUUAAAUAAAAAAUGUAGGGUUCAGAUUAAAUCGAGAUUUAAUGAUUUUUCGUCAAUUGUUGACUGUUUAGUAGUUCCCAAGAUAACAGAUAAUUUACCUGCAUAUACUUUGAUAUGUCUAAGUGGAACAUACCAUCUAAUCUUGUGCUUGCUGAUGAAUCAUUUAAUGUUUAUGAUAAGAUUGAUAUUUUAA